UUCAUACACCAAAACAAUGCCUUUGUACAAAACACACUAGAUAUAAGAAGGGAACAGACCACUAUGACUAUAGCUAGCUAGAUCAUCAUCAAGACAUGUCAAGAAGCUAUAUGGGAAUGUACUGGAUCAGAGGAGGGGCCAGUACCACACUAGCUCAGGUUAGCUUGUUGAUGUUGAUGCUACUUGCCACCCAAACUAUCUCCAAAGCAACCGCCUCUACCCAAAAAGCUUGUCGAACCUGUAGCCCACCAGUACCGGCCAACUGCACCAUUGAUAUUAACAACAACAUUAACACAGUAGUAAACUGUCACAUCAACUUCAGCAGCUGUCCAAUUAAAAAUUGUACAAAUGAAAAAUUCUGUGCGUACCAUUUUGACGGCUUCUCAAAUAGCACAAUACGCACAAUAUUUAAGUGGGUUUUUAUAUCCCAUUGUGCUACAACUGAAGUUGUGCCCAAUAGAUGUACUUUUAGAAACAAGGGUGCUUUUUUUAAUUGUGUUGAUGGAGUUAGCAGUGAGAAUGGCUCUAACCUCGAGGUGGUUGAAUAUCAAACGGAAUUUAACUUAUCUUUGCCAACAGAACAACCCAUGGUUAACCAAACCGACGCCACCACUCCAGCUACCACUGCACUCCCUGUGAUUAAUUGUACUACCACUGCACUCCCUGUGAUUAAUUGUACUACCUGUACCGUCACCAGCAUUGUCAUAACAAUCAUUCUAUUUAUCGUUCUCCUGCUGAUCUUAAUCUUCUGUCUGUAUAAACUGCGACGUAAGAUCCAAAUUCCGACAGCGAUUCGAUCUCAACAAACCAGUUUUAUCAACCCAGUCAACCAGCAUUCGUGGCAGCUGCUAGAAAGCAUCGGACACGGUCGCUACGGUUUCGUAUAUCGUGCCAAAUAUCGCGGGGAAAUUGUUGCCGUGAAGAUAUACACAUCGCAAGGACGGUCAGCUUUUGAGACCGAGCAAAAUCUCUACUCAAUGGAAUCUACCUUUCACUGCAAUAUACUCGAGUACAUCGGCUGUGAGAUGAGGGGAUCAGGAAUUACCACCGAGCGUGCGUUAUUGACACGCUACUAUCAACUUGGCUCGCUGGAUAAUUAUCUCCGUUCUCGUGUGUUGAGUUGGCAACAGGCGUGUGUAAUAAUCCAUACUGUGGCUGACGGACUCACUCACUUGCACUCCGAGUACUACCACAACUCGGCUGGGAUUAAGGCCGAGAAGUACCCCGUGGCACACAGGGAUGUGAAAUCGGCCAACGUGCUUGUGAGGAGUGACAGCGGGGACUGUGUGAUCAGUAACCUUGGCUUUGCUCUGAUUCUGGACGGAAAACAAACCACGAACACUGUACAGGCUGGGACGUAUCGCUACAUGGCCCCUGAGGCACUGGAUGCACGAGUGAACUUGCAUGACUUGCAGUCGUUUAAACAGAUUGAUGUGUACUCCCUCGCCCUGGUCAUGUGGGAGGUCAUGUCACGCACCUGCGUCCUCACGGAGGAGGAAGUCCCCGGUUAUCAACUACCGUACAAGGAGGAGGCGGGGCCUAACCCCUCCCUCGAGCGACUCAAGGACAUCGUAGUCACUCGGAAACUUCGCCCAUCUCUGCCCGCCAUUUGGGGAAACCACGAGACGCUCAACUCCCUGCAAGAGACUCUGUACGAGUGUUGGGAUGACGACGCCGAGGCCCGACUGUCAGCUGCCAAUGUUACGCUACGUAUGAAACAACUCAUUGCGACGAACAUAAACGAUAUUGCUCGUAAAGAUAGCACACAGACAGUGCCAACCUCUAUAAUAGCACCUGAGGCCGUGGCUAUGAACAGACCAACGGAGCAUUCCCAAUCCAGCCCACCCCCAUACUACAGUCCAACUGAUCCUAUUCCAUUCCAACAACAAUCUGAUAUUUCUAGGCAAGAAAGUACUUCUGCCAUUACUACACUACAAUCUGAUACCGUGGAAACCGACGAGCAAGCAGAACAUUCUCAAUCGGGACCUCCUCCUUAUUAUGGACCAACACCUGAAGACUAUCUUUUAUUCCAGCAAACCAUGUUCACAUUCAACCGAGGUCCCAUUCGGGGCCAACAGAGGCACCAAGUUUCGAUGCCGCAUAUAUGCAGUGACACUGAGCAUUCUCGAACCUCCCGAGGGCAUAUGGCUGCCCGCUGCACACACAGCCUGAGGAGCAGCUACCACUACGAGCAAGAAAUGAGACAGCUGAACAAUUUCAAUAAGAGUGAGUCACUCUCGUUAAGGAACAUGGCAGCUGCUCAAGAAUCUGUUGGCGAGAUGGAGGAGGAGAUUAGAGAGCUGAGUCAAUCACCCUUAGGCACUACGUUGGAGGAAAGAAUAGACGACAUGAUGAGUGAGGCAGCAACUCACGGGGAUGACAAUGUGGCAUCACCAGAUGGACAGCAGCUCGAUAUUUCCGAUUUUACACUAAACUUGAAUUCUGAUUCCGGUAUUCUCAAUGCACAUUCUGACCUGUCCCAUUCUGAUACCAUUGGCCUUGUCCCUGCGGAGUCUGAUACGGACGCUCUUACAAGUUCCGUGGAUAGCGGAGUGCCGUCAAUCGAUCAAGACAAGAUGGUGGAAGGAGCUACAAACUUUAGAUGUCUUCCUCAUACUGAGAACAAUGAAAACAGUGCGUCCACUGUCACUAGUGUGUAGUAAGAAACUAAAAUAAGUUCACCUUUUUAAAAUUUCACAUCAAUCAUUUAAUUAUCACUCAACAACUAUUUUUGUAUGACUGUGCGUAAUGUUUGUAUAUACAUGUGUGUACAUGUUUGACAGAA